AUGAGACGAAGAAUUACCUUAAAGAUGAUGGCAUUGAUAACUUGUUGUUUAAGUUUAAUGUGCACUAUAUUAAGUUUACAAGUAGCCACACGUUUUCAAAACAGUAAUAGAGCAUUGGACUUACUAAUACAACAAUCAGCAUGGAAUGCUACAAAUAUAAUUGCUGGCAAUUUUCGGAAUUACACAACGAAAGAAUCAUUACUUAAAUAUAAUCAAAAACUCGAGACGUCAAAUGGAGACGUGAUAAGAAAGAAUAUAACUAACCUAGACAAUGUUAAAUCAAUGGAUACUGGGAAAAAGAGCAAUGAAACAAAGACAAUUCAAUUAAAAAAGAAGAAAGAUAGUCUAGGGUCAAUAUAUAACCCUUUUAAUUUUAUACCAAAUGUUCGAUACGAGAAAACACAUUUAGUACCGUAUUUAAGCGAUGAUGUUAACAAUAAAUAUUUGACGCUACCUGAAACAAACUACACUCAGAGAGUUGUGAUUUUAUCGCCAAUAAGAAAUGCUGAAAAGUCUUUGGAAAUAUUUCAAACCCAGAUUAUAAAUUUAAGCUAUCCACACAAACUUAUAUCUGUGUUUUUCGGGGAAUCUGGUAGCACUGACAAAACAUUUGAAAAAGCACUAAAUGUUUCAAAAAAAUUGAAAGGAUUUAAUAACUUUAUGGAUUGUAGAGUUAUAAAUUUAAAGAUGUCAGGUGGAAUUCACGGGUCAAAUGAUUUCAGACAUAAGGUAGAAUACCAAAGGUACAGACGUUCUCACUUAGCAGCGGUUAGAAAUCGUCUUGUACGCUAUGCUCUUCAGAAUACAGCUUUCGAUCAUGUUUUAUGGAUAGACAGUGACGUUGAAGAAUUUCCAACAGACUUGGUGCAGCAAAUGUUGUUCGCGAAAUCAGAUGUCGUUGCCGCGUCAUGUCUUGUGAAGGAUCGCAUGUAUAAAGGGAUGUAUGACUGUAAUUCUUGGAGAGAAACAGAACAUUCAUUACAACAUCAGUCAAAUAUGCCAGCAGACGCGCUUGUUUUAGAAUGUUAUGGUAGAAGCGAAAGAAUAUUUCUACCAUAUCUUAAAAGAGAUGGUCGUGUAGUGAAACUAGACGGCGUUGGUGGAUGUGCGCUAAUGGUAAAAGCUGACUGUUUCCGAAGUGGUCUUCUAUUUCCUGAAGUGGUCUACAAGCGCCAUAUUGAAACAGAGGGACUGGCUAAAAUGGCCCUUGAUAUGGGAUAUAGUGUUGUCGGUCUUCCUUUUGUUGAAGUUUUUCAUCAUUUCUAA